GCUAAUAGUUCUGCAUAUGUAUCUGUGUCCAACUUUGGCCUUUUGUUUUGGCCUUUGCGUGUUUGGUUCUAUGUGCGUGAGUGAGUGAGUGAUUUUUAUUUUCACUAAUCUGUACUCGCUUGUUGCUGUGCUUGUGAAAAGGAAAGGAAAGAAGAUAAUGGUAAAGGAAUCAAAGGGGACGAGUACAACAGGGGUAGUAGAAACCAAAAGCAUAACCAAAUGGAAUUUGUGGGGAUUGUCCAAAACAUAUAGAAAUCACACCAAGCAUUCCCAGAUCUCUAGGAUCUCAGAAUUUCGGGCUUAGAUGUUUUGGUCACUUGUUUUCUCGAGAAAAUUCUCUUUCUUUUUUGCUGUUUUGUUUGUCUGAGCUCGUUUGGUGCCCAUUCCCACUCACUUUAAUUCAUAAUUCUCUGUUUCCCAGCUGGGCAUUUUGUGGCCAAGUGAUUUUUAGCAUCUGGGUCUCUAUUGUUUUUGAGUUAUAAAGGAAAAAAAAAAAUGCUAGUGAAAGUAACAGCUUCUGAGAGUCCUGACUUCUUGUUAUGGUAAAUGGGUGGGUCUGCUUUUAUGGGAUUCUGAUUCUGAGAUUGGAUUGUUGUUUGUAUAAUGAAAAAAGUGUUUGAGAAGUAAGUUCAUGUGAGAAUGGCUUGUUUGGUUGUUGGUUAUAUUGGUUUUGAUGAGUGGGUACUUGUUGUGGUUGGGCAAAGAAAGUAAAAGUUUUUACUGAAUUGUGAAUAGAGUAUGGAAAGAAGUAGUUUCAUGUUCUGGAAAGUGGGUCUUUUGGUUUUGGCAUUGAUGGAGGCUUCUUCUGCUACUCUUUCUCCUACUGGUAUAAACUAUGAAGUUGUAGCUUUGAUGGCGAUAAAAAAUGAUCUCAUUGACCCACGUAAUGUUCUGGAGAAUUGGGAUAGCAAUUCUGUAGAUCCUUGUAGCUGGAGGAUGGUUACAUGUACCCCAGAGGGAUCUGUUUCUGCUUUGGGACUGCCUAGUCAGAGUUUGUCUGGUAUCAUAUCUCCAGCUAUUGGAAACCUUAGUAAUUUGCAAUCUGUGUUGCUGCAGAAUAAUGCCAUUUCAGGUCCAAUUCCUUCUGCCAUUGGGAGGUUGGUGAAGCUUCAGACACUCGAUCUCUCCAACAAUACAUUCAGUGGUGAGAUACCUAGUUCCUUGGGGGACCUAACGAACCUGAAUUAUUUGAGGUUGAACAACAACAGCCUAACUGGACCUUGUCCCGAGUCUCUGUCCAAAAUCGAAGGUCUCACUCUCAUGGACCUUUCUUUUAACAAUCUCAGUGGUUCCUUGCCAAAAAUAUCUGCAAGAACAUUCAAAAUUAUUGGUAACCCUUUGAUUUGUGGGGCUAAGGCUGACAACAAUUGUUCAGCUGGCAAUCCAGAGCCACUGUCUUUCCCUCCAGGUUCUCUAAAAGGUCAAUCUGACUUUGGAGGAAAAAGUCAUCAUGUGAUUAUUGCUUUUGGUGCAAGUUUUAGUGCUGUUUUUGUCAUCAUUCUUAUUGUUGGGUUUGUUGUUUGGUGGCGAUACAGACACAACCAGCAGAUUUUCUUUGAUGUCAAUGAUCAAUAUGACCCGGAAGUAUGCCUGGGCCAUUUGAGAAGGUAUACAUUAAAGGAGCUUCGCGCUGCAACUGACCACUUCAACUCUAAGAAUAUUCUGGGGAGAGGUGGUUUUGGGAUUGUAUACAGGGGGGACUUGAAUGAUGGAACUGUAGUGGCAGUUAAAAGGCUGAAGGACUUUAAUGCGGCUGCUGGUGAAAUUCAAUUUCAGACUGAAGUUGAGAUGAUAAGUUUGGCUGUCCAUCGGAAUCUUCUUAGACUAUGUGGGUUCUGCUCUACUGAGAAUGAACGUCUCCUUGUUUACCCCUAUAUGCCCAAUGGAAGUGUAGCCUCUCGGCUAAGAGAUCAUAUUAAUGGCAGGCCAGCAUUAGACUGGACAAGACGGAAGGGAAUAGCUUUAGGUACAGCAAGGGGACUAUUAUAUUUGCAUGAGCAAUGUGACCCCAAAAUUAUCCACCGUGAUGUCAAAGCAGCCAAUAUAUUGUUGGAUGAAGACUAUGAGGCAGUUGUUGGAGAUUUUGGGUUGGCAAAGCUUUUGGAUCACAGAGAAUCCCACGUCACCACAGCUGUGCGUGGCACUGUUGGCCACAUUGCUCCAGAAUACUUGUCAACCGGUCAAUCAUCAGAAAAGACUGAUGUGUUUGGCUUUGGAAUUUUGCUCCUGGAGCUAAUCACAGGUCAUAAAGCUUUAGAUUUUGGACGAGUAGCAAAUCAGAAAGGUGUAAUGCUUGAUUGGGUUAAAAAGCUCCAUCAGGAAGGAAAGCUAAGUCAAAUGGUGGAUAAGGAUCUAAAGGGCAACUUUGACAGGGUUGAAUUGGAAGAAAUGGUUCAGGUUGCCCUCUUGUGUACUCAGUUUAAUCCUUCCCACCGACCAAAAAUGUCAGAGGUAUUAAAAAUGUUGGAAGGAGAUGGUUUAGCUGAGAAAUGGGAGGCCUCACAGAAGGUUGAGACACCCAGAUUUCGAUCUAGUGAAAACCCUCCUCAAAGAUACUCAGAUUUUAUAGAAGAAUCUUCGCUUGUCAUAGAAGCAAUGGAGCUUUCCGGCCCUAGGUGAUUUUUAAUUUUCUUUUAUUCUUUUCCUCUUGCCUUUACAAGGCAUCAUUUAAGUUCUAGUGGUUUGAAUCGGAAUAUGUGAUUGGUGUUGAUAGCUGCUGUAUUCAUCUGUAUAAAGUAAAAGGAAAGUGUUGUAUAAGUAUCGUCGUUCUUCCUCGUAAAAUUAAUCAAGUUUAUUGAGCCUCUGCCAGA